AUGAGUAAUCCAACGGGUUCUGGUUCCCCAAACUUCCGAAUUGACGUUAUUUUCAACUCUCUUCGUGAGCUGCAACAAGGUUUGCCUUCAUGUAAAAUAGUUAAUUAGGAGUUUUACAUGGUUUGCUUUAUCUUCCAUUCUUAUAAAAGUGUCUCUUAUAUUUUGUCCACAACUUUUCCUUUCAGCUUUUUUCUUAAAGCAGUUGCUUGUCAUAAAAUGUAUUUCAAUGUCAUUUUUUCUUAUGAAUGACAAAAGUAGCCACUGUUUGUGUUUCAGAAAAAGAGAGACUUCAGCAGCACUAUAACGAAGAGAAAGCUCGUUGUCGAAGCUUGGAAAUUAAACUUGAGGCUUGUAUGUACCUCUCUGUAUAAAACUGUCGAUUUUUUUGCGUUAUGCACUAACAACCUACUUUUUUAAGCUUCAGCUCACUUUACGUAUUUUUGUCAGGUCAAUCAAAACAUCACCAGAGCAUUGAGAAACACUGCAAAAUGUUCGGUAAGUUACUGCUGUUUGAUCAAUUAAGCAAUUACUAAUUUUUUGUCUCUAUCAAACGAUGGAAAGCGUGACAGCAAAAAUAGUUUCAUUUGCAGCCGUGGUUCUUUCUGGCUUCUAUGUUCUUACAGUGUCACAACUUGUUUCGUUCACCCAUUCCCAGAAUAUCUCUAUAUAUAUGAAAAUGAAGAAAAGAAAUAUGUAUUUCAUAACUUAAUUAGAAACUCAUCUGUUUUUUAUUUAUCUGAAAGACGAAACCCUUCAAAAUAGGAAAACCACACCAUGCAAAAAGAGUACCAAAAAACUGUCGUAAUUUAGUUAAAGUGCUGUCGAAGAAUUUUUCAGGGAUUGAAACUUGUUACUCUCUUUCUUUCGGUUUUUUUUUUUUUUCUAUUUUUUCUCUAGAAACAGUGAAUGCAGCUAAACAGAAGGUUUUACAAACUCAGUUACAGGCAACUAGGUAGUGUUCAGUUAUUUUGAUAUCUCAGGCAUUCCAGUUUACCUAAUGUUGCUUCUGAUACAUAAAGUAUAAAAAUGUAGAACAACAUCAUGACUUUUUCGAUCCAUUUGAUUUGACUCGGAGUACUGUGUAAUCUCCGAGAGGAAAUAUUUCAAAGGAGUAAAAAUAAAGAACAACCAUCAUUUGAAAAAAAUAUAAUUGAUUUAUACUUAAAAUUCUUAGACAUUAUUGAAAACGUUCAUCAAUCACUGGUUUGGUUUGAACAGA